GUCGUUUGCGCCUCGAGUAUCAUUUGCAUCAAGUUAAGGCGCCUAAAUAUAAAAAGUACGAUGUAAAAGAGUCUAGCGCAAGCUUCGCGCUGGCUGAAUUUAAGGGAAUGUACAAAUUUGCUUAUUUUAUGUUCCUGGCGUACAUUUCGAAUGUAUUAAUGGGAGCACCGAGGCCGGAAUUUUCGAACUUGGAUCUUACAGUUGUUGUUCCUAAUGAUAAAAUCGCUCUUCAUUUUUUAAACAGAAAUUAUAAUAGGAAAAUGAAAAGACCAAGUAUACUCGGUUUUGAUAACUACGAUUUCGUAGGAAGUACGUUGGAUCGUCCAAGGAAUGGAGGAAGUUCAUCUCCAAAAAUUCCAAAGAACGAUCAGUAUGUUAAAGAAAUAGCCGAAGCACUUGGAUUGGAUAUCGGAAUGAAAGAGAAUUAUACUAUGGACAAAUUUCUCCGGCAAUUUAAACAUAUGUUAAAAAAAGCUGGAUAAUUUUUCCAAGAAUUAUUGAAAUUCAAAAAAUUCAAAAAUAAUAAAAGAUAAAAAAUAAUAACAAUAAAACAAA